AUGAGUCAACAGAGAGUUUCUUCUAUGAGGGAGCAACCACUUAUACGAGUGGAUAUGAAGAUAAAUGAUAUGGUAGGGAAUGGAAUUUUUGGGAUUUUAUUUAAGUGGGUGAAUUAUGGGAAAGGUUGGAGGCCGAGAUGGUUUGUUUUGCAAGAUGGAGUGUUGCCGACCGUCAUUAACGAGGUAGCAAGAUUAUUGGCGAGUUUAGGAACACCAAGAGAACACCGUAUACGAAGAAAGAAAGUGGCGACUUCCAUUCAUGAUCGCUUGUUCAUCCGGAUGUCUCGUAUCACCAUUCAAUUGAAAGGGGAAGAAGGUGAGUGA